AGGACACUCGACACGAAGCUACUCGUUGUAGCGAGAGAAAAACUUCGUAGCUAUAAUUGAAAGUCUGUUGUCUGUCAAAAGGCUAUCAUCAAUCUGAUUAUCGUUAAUAUCCUACUAAGAGCCAUCUUCUUAUAAUCAUUUCUGCGAAAAAAAAACUGUGACUGUCACUGUCUCUCUUUGCUAAAGUUUGUUGAAACGUUCACCAUUCCUGUUGUUCGUCUCCUUUGUGUAUCAAAGUACGUGGAAAUUGAUUGGAUUCUUUUUCUGGAAAUUGAAAUAAUUUCGUUGAUUUUUUUAACAUAGUUGUUGUGUCCCCGUGGUAUCUUGAGUGGUGUGCCUGCUUCCGUUCCUUUCUGCUGUAACAACUCGCACGCUUACUGGUGGUCUCUGCCGUUGCUGCUCUGCCUGGUACUCCUACUCUGCUCGUCUUCUCAUCCUGGUACUCCUGUUUGCUCAUCCUGUUUCAGCAGGAGCUGCACUUUGAGGAAUCGAUACCGCUACCCGUUAUACGAAGAUGAUGUUUCAUCUGCAGAUCCUCCACUUUGCCUUGUUGGUCGUCUCCGGUCGCUUCCAAGGCACCCAAACGCACACACAAAGGCAUGGUGCGGGAACAGCACACAAGGGCCCUUCGAGCGGUCACGGUGCUCCUACAGCUUCUGGAUCUUUUCCAAAUUCUGCCUCUGGAGGUGGUGCUAAUCCUGGUGUCAUGGGUGUGGCUCCUUCUGCUUCUACUUCUGCGAAUAACCGUAGUUGGGGUGGCAGUGGGCACCAGAGUAAACAACAGGCGGCCCAACGCCUAAUGCAAGCUGCUCACCAUGCUGGCGCAAGCUUUCAGGCGGUUCCUCAAAUGGCCUCGCCGAUUCCUGGCAUUCACGACGUCGACGUCGAACAACUUCGCACCAAAAAGCAAUACCAGACUGCUAAUGUCGUAGGAAUAGGUGGAGCCACGACAUCGGUUGGAGGAGGUGGGCUUGCAGGUCCUGCUGUUCAGGGAUCAUUAAGGCUAUCAAGUAAACCUAUCAUUCGCGUACUUACGCGGAGCACAUUUGAUCUACGCACAUUUGAUCAAGUAGAUCAUGAUCCCUGUUUGGUGAAGUAGUUUUUAUUCCUUUGAAUAUUUUAGAAAGAUCUUGUUCUAGAUGUAGUUCAUGUGCUUCUACUUCAAGCUGUGAAAUCCUCGAUAGGCUUACCAUUACUGUUCAAGGUAUGAAUUAUAUGAAAGCAUCAAACAAUAGACUUACGACCAUUACGAUUACCUCCCAUACUACUAUACUUGUCCUCCAUUUCUAAACACAGCAGCUGGAGCAGCAGCAACAGUCCCAAGUUCGACUAAGCCUGGUAGGAAAUUUGUCCCGCUGUUUACAUCGAACAAUCCAGAAGAUACCAAUGUGAACAAUCAGUACUACGACAGUCUGGAUCGGCAAUUGUCUUCGGGAUCUACUGAGAAUGAUAGUACGCGUUCCUGGUCAAAAAGUUCUGAAGAACAAUCACAGCAUUCUUGGACCGAUCGCUCUUCUACCGGGUCAACUUCUGGUGCUGCUGCUGCAUCGGUCCUUGUUCCAACAAGAACCUCCACAACGGUGCGAACACCGCGACGCAGCACUACAAGCCGAAGUGGUCAAGAGGUGAUAGAACAUCGCUCUGCAUCCCAUAUUAAGGCUCGAUGCAAUUCCAAUUCUUUUCUAGAGAGUCAGUGUCAAUCUUGGUCUUCUUCGGUUUCAAUCAUCAUCAUUCCUAGUCCUUUUACAAGUCAGUCGUCGCAACUGCUACUCCUUUCCCUCUUAGGAUCGAUUGGAAGAAAUUUGGGAGCUGAAAAGCAAACAAGCAAGAAGUGAAUUGCUCAAGGCUCUAACCCUAACCCUUCUGCAAACCCUCGAGCUACGUCCGCUGCUCCUCCAAUGACAAGAGAGGGCAUUGCUGGAGGCGCGGGUACUACUGCAGUGGGCGGUCCUCCUGCUAGUGGAAGUUUGACUAGCAGAGGUCGGAGAGAGCCAGGACUCUGGGAACUGCCUACUGCUCAGUGGACUAGCGAAGGCGACGCUUCCCAAACUGAAGCGAGGAAACAGCAGCAAAAGUCUAAUGUUAAGAAUCGGAUACUAUCAUUUUUAUCUAUGUUUCUUGAAUUCUAAGGCCAAUGAGAUUAUCUUCUAUGUUAUAUUAAAUCAAAACUACUGAUUCCUCGAAGGGUUCGCGUUCAACAUGGAUGCUCAUGCACUUCUUUUGCUACCAGUACGACGUUAUUCCACCUUAACCGCGAAUUGUCUAACUUUGAUGGUGGAGGUGACCACGACGUUGGAGCCGCUGUUCCCGCCAGUGCCACUGUGGUAAAGAAAAUAGACCGAGGCGCACCAGGCGAACAAGGUAAUAGUCCCGUUUCUUCGACAUCCGCAGAGUACUUGAGUGGACUAGAUGGCGUGACGAAUAGAACUUCUGAAUCUGAUGCAGCUCUGGUUUUGGAUCCUGCUGAUAACGAGUUACUUGAGCAACUUGUUCCUAUGGACCUAGACGGAAACGAACCUGGUGCUCGCGUCGGAGAUCGGGGUCAACAUGCUAUGGAUGUCGAUUACAACCUUGAUGACGCGUCUAGAGGAGAAGCAGGACGCGAACAGCAAGCUUUGCAACAAGUACAGCAGAUCGAUGCAGAUCCAACAAGGAGAACUGACAACAUGAACAUCGCGGACGGCCACGACGACUCAGAAGACUCUGAUAGUGAACGCAGUACAACAGCCGCAUCAGACCUAGAAAAUGGCGACGAAGCGGUACCCUUUGGCGCUUUUCACUCGGCCAGAUUGGCAACGACCACACGUAAAAUCGCGGACAUUGACGGCGAUAAGGACGUGGCGGCUCCACCACCUGGUGCUCCACUUCUAGAAGAUGAAACGGUGGAUGAUGUACGAGUAGCAACCUCUGCAAAUAAAAAUGGAGUAACAGAGAACCUUCGUCCACCGACUGUGGUCGCACCGCCAGCGACGCCCACCAGUCCAACGAAUUCCACUGUCUCAAAAAUCGAUGACAGCAAAAAGAACGAUAACAUGCCUCAACAGGAGGUACAGGAGACAAUAAAGAUACCUGCCAGUGCAGUGCCUUCUCGGCAGAUUCAGCCUAUUGCAGGGCCAACAAUUACAGGAACUAAAGCAGGAACAGGUCUCCAAGUCCAUCAACAGCAAGCCACAGGAACGACCUUGGGAGUCCCGAGGAAACAGGUCUUAAGGCUCUCGAUAAUUCCUCUUUCACCGCAUCUACUGUGAGGAUUAUUCUACCUGAUGAAUAAGAAUACUUUUUCUGAAGAGCAGUAUCUCUAGCUAUACGUCUACGUACUGGAGAGCAUGAGUAUGAAUCUACCUCCAUUGAAUUAGAUACUCUCACAGUUGUAGAUGCAGGGAAAAUGAAUGAGUAUUGGACAGCCCUAAAGGUCACGACGCCGCAUCUCCUGUCGCAUUCCUUCAUCCGCAAGAACGAGCCAGCAGGCGGCAACGAUCGUACCACGACAGCAGCAGACCGCAAAAUGAAUGCACUAUUUUCGCAGUUAGAGAGUUGGGAAAUUCCGAGAAUGCGCAUGGAAACGAGCGCACCACGAACAAACACCGAACUGAUCGGAAAGUUAAGGCUAGUACCGCUACCGGAGAUGUUGUAGAUAGUUGUUGUUGUUGUCAUGGGGAUCCUCGCUACAUUUAGAUUCAGCAUCCAUAUGCGUUGUGAUUCGUGUACUCGUAAUAUGUAAGGGAAAACGGAAACGAGGUCAAAAAAGAAUCCCCUCCACAAAGAUGCAAAAGCGUCUUACUGAAUGACACGCCGAUGGUGACGACACUUAAUAUGGUGAUCUCUAAGUCAAGAAGUCCGGUUCACGCUAUCUGCUUUGUUGAACGAAGCAGCAACCCUCAAAGCCUCAGUCGCGGAUGUCUUGGGCGACUUAGUAGUCCGCAAACUGUUUUUCCAACUGGUUCGCGAGGUCACGCGAGUGCAUUUUGUAGGGCCUCAUGGCUUUCUACAUCCGGGGAAUGUGAUUUUAUGGAAGGCAGGCGUUGAAGUUGAAAAAGAAAGUGUGAUAUAGGGUUUUAAGGACAGAAAGGUCAUAAUCGUCCUGUCGUGCUGACAGGGACACUCGCACUCUGAAUAUUUGUUCUGAUGAAAAAUUAUUUCUAGUAGCCUCUUCUUCUAACACAAUCACUAUGAUUUUCAGAUUGUCAACUACUUCUUAUCAUGAUCAUCUCUUCACUCUUCUAACCCGUGUGAGUUACGUAGGUGGCGACGAGUACGAGACUAUGCACGUGAGGCUACGUUUCAACCGACCUCAAGGAUGGGAUGCGGUGGACGACGAUGAACUCUUGUUCCACUUAGCCGAACAACAUCAAAUCGCACAGAAAAAGAAGUUACGUAGUUGAUGCCUAAACAAGGACUGCCUAUACCCAAGUAUCUCCAGAGCGACUCAUAUUAAGGACCUAUGCUGGGUCUAUACAUUAGAAUAAGCGAAAAUAAUAGAAAGUACACCAAAUACACGCUACAUGAGAUUCAUUCGAUAGUAGAAAGUAGAGAUUGACAUCGCGACAAGAUGAAUUUAUCUGCGUCAGACCAGACCAGCUCUAACACGAGAAGCUCAGAUGAAAGGCACUGUGUCAAACGCUACGACGGCCGCUUCGACACCGGGAGGGGCGACGCCAGCGAGGCAGCAGAGUGCAGGAACACCUGUUGGCGCUUCUAACGUUAAGAAUUUCCACACUGCAUCCUGCGCUACCAUUCUUGACUUGUUUCCCGAUAGGAAAGAAGUCCGGGAUGUUCUGAAGAGUAGAGGCACUCUUGUAACCUCUAAUAUCGGUGGAAACAACGGCACAAGUGGAGCAGAUCCGACUUCUCCUAGUCGGGGUGGCGGGUCCUCGCCAGUGUCACCAGGUGGUGCAGUGAAAGGCAUGAUGCGAGCAUAUUUGGAUUAAGGCUAGUUGUAUUUUUAAUUGUAACAGUCCGUCGAACAGUUCGUAUCUACAGAAUUUCUGAUGAAGAAUCAGAUUUGGCAAAAGUGCUAUUACCGGAUUAAUAGCAGACGGAUGUGCAACCAAAAUCGUUCUCGUCAAAUAUGAUUUGUGAGCUCGUCAACAUGAUCGUCAGUCUUUACUACUCACUCAGUCCGCUCCUUCUAACAACUAUGAGCUCGUCAACAUGAUCGUCAGUCUUUACUACUCACUCAGUCCGCUUCUUCUAACAACAACAGCAGCGUCCCUGGUACUUUUACCUGUCACCCGGCGCCGUACAAUGGAGGGAGAAGUAUCGUUCUGAUGAUACGGGAGAAGUAGAAUUAGCCGAAUUCCAGAUACCACCUAGCAUGAGCAAGGACAUGGACGUAUACUCAUUGGGAGCGAUUCUUUUCUACGGCUAGUACGUGCUAUAUUACCAAAGUUACUUGUUUUUAUACUCUUAGUCUACUUACCGUCUUACACAUGUUUACGUUUAGUUUAGUCCAAGUCCGUUUUUUUUUUCGGUAGAGUUUUGCAUGCAGAAAUCGCGAGAGGUGCGUCCAUCUUCCUUACCUCCUGGAGCAUUACGUAUUCUAUCGAAGAAGUAGUGGUCCUCUCCUUUAGCUUUAUCAUAUUAGGUCGCUUAGUCCUAGUAGUAAUAAAAGAAGGAACGCUGCAGCAAGUUCUUGUAUAUACUACCUGCUACAGCAACGACGUACUUAGCUAGAGGCAGUGUCGUGUGUCCUUCACUCGUCCAACGCGAAGAUUUCCAUCACUCACCUUAACCUCUAACGUUCCGAGAUGUAUCGCGGAAGGAAACUGUUUCAAGCAAGCAGCGUGACGGAAAUCUAUCAGCGGAUUAGGAAUUUGAGACCUGAAAAUUUGCGUCGAGAGAUGGUCGCUACGCAGCGAUCGUCGCUGAGUGGUAGAGGGUCGCUGGAGGCACGAGAAGGCAGAGGCGCCACGAGCAGCGACUUUACAACAAGUGUCGUCACGACAAACGGAAACGUUUCAGCAGCGGGAGCGAUGAACAUUAUGCACCGGUUGUGUUCGUGAGGUCAUGAUGUAGUUUGUAACCUCUGACUUUAUAAGUACGCUUACUCCACCUCGUCGUCGUCUAACUCAUCACCAUCUGUGGUCAUAUUUUUAUCGCUACAACUAGCUCACCACCAGCUUUUAUGUACUUGUACUUCGUAGUACUAAAAUAAUCUUCUUCUACGAAACGACCACCUCAUCUGCUCAUCGUCUAACACCUCCACCAGCAACCUACAACAGGAACUCGAGGCCACUCUAGGUUCGGUUUCUGCCUCAGCCGAGGAAUACGGACGUCGACUGAAGAAACUGCCUCGUAGUGCUCAGGAUUUGCUACAGUUGCUGUUGAAUCCGACCCGCGACCAACGUCUAAGAAAAGCGGCAGGCAUACUCCAGCACUCCUUUCUUCUCCGUUUUGAGACAUGCAAUGUCAAGACCCAGCAGCAACAACUUAUGGUUUGGAGCUGAUGUUUUGGUUGAUCUUGACUCGAAGAAUUUCUUCGAGAUCGAGAGCAAAGCCUCGAAUUGAUUAUCUAUUGAAACUGUAACAACUAUUCACUAUCAUCUUCAACAAGUACAACAUGUUCUCUUCUGUCUCUCGACCACUCUCAACAUCUACUCUCCUGUUCUCCUCUACAACUCUCCUCUAUUCUCAUCCACUCUCAACAUCUACUCUCCUGCUCUCCUCUACCACUCUCCUCUUUUCUCUCUUCAUACUCCAGCAAAGUGGCAGUUCAAAAGUGAUCCUUGGGGAAGGCUCCUUCGGUCGCGUCUGUCAAGGCUUGCUGUUUGAGAAGUACCCUGUUGCGGUGAAGGUGAUGCGACGAAAGUUCGUUCCCUACGUUGUCGCAGAGCGCUUGGUGCGCGCGGGUGUCGAUCAGAAAGGUGCACCAGUCAGCGAUCCGAGAGAACGUAUCUAUGAUAUUCAGGAUUUGAGAACGUAUCUGUCGUCCACAGGAUUUCUGGUCUCAAUCCUCCGGCAGCACAUCCAUGCUAAUUCUCUUUUAAACAAAGACUUAACUGAUCUCACAUGGGCUGCGUCGCGGCCAUCAGCUAUAACAACCAGUCUUGCAUGCCUGCUACAAACUUGUAAUCAAUUUUUCAGGUAAAGCCAUGCAGAGGGAUUUGAUUUUGUCAUCUCAAGAAGCCGAGCAAUUCGAGAAGGAGCGACACUUGCUAACGCUUUGUCGUGCAAAUGAACAUUAAGGCUACUUUCUAGAAGUGUAUCUGUUGUCUGUUGCAUCUCUUCUACAGGGAUUCUUGGAUGUUAUUUGACAUUGACCCUCGCUCAGGUAGUUUAUAGUCAAGGAAAAAGCCAGUCCAGGCUGAGAAUGUGGUCCACAGACACGAUACAUCAGAUUACAUCGAGAUCCUGUACUACAACAAAGAAAUGCGACAAGUAGGACGAAAGGAUGGACGAGCAUGAAGAUUAGGCACAUAUCGAUACAUCUAAGACCAGGAUCAUUUGGAGCAAUUACAACGUGCGAAGAUGGAACAACGUUUACUAGACGACGAAUGGGUCCUAAAAGUUGCAGACGAAAUCGGUCGAGGAUUUUUGCAACAACAUCAAGUCUUGCGAGAUUUCUUUCAAGCUUUUGCGCAUACCACUGGUACCCUAGCAGCGCAUGCAAACGCGAACGUAGGCAAUGGAUGGACGGCGGGUGCGUUGGCAAACCUGUUCUAUGACGAUAGUCUCAAUUCCACACAUUUGCUUUUGUGUAAUUCGUGAUGCAGAUGAUGGAUAUUUGAAGGUGGUUGUUGUUGUUCUCGUUCUUAUAAUAGACAUAGAGCAUUUCCUAAGAUGCAUUAUGGAUUGCAUGGAGAUGCUGUAUAGACUGCCUGGAGGACGCAGAGCGCCUGACACCUCGCCGCGUUGCGGAGAGAUGCUAGCCAAUGCGAGGGCCAGCCUAAGGCACUCAAGGUCCUCUCAGCCGCCUCCGUUAGGCAGGUGCUGUGUUGCUUUUGUUUGCGUAGGCCGCGUUUGCCGCCCGGAUGCGGCUUCUUCGUGACGUUGUCGUUGUUUCUUUGGACGGGUGGACUGGGCGACAGCAGGCGCGCACGCACCUCGAGAAUAAUAUCUCUUCUACUCACUGCAAGCCAUAGCAAUGCAUGCAAUCCAUGCCAUGCAUUUCAGGAAUCAGAAAAAAUUCGCAAUUGUCUAUUAUAAUGGAUUUCCAUCGAUGGCGUGCUCCCACCCGCUCUGGAUAUUUGUAAUCCUUAUAACAGAGUAAGUAAAAUAUCGGGUUUCGAGUUACUCGAGUUGCAACGAGUUGCUCGAGUUGCCGAAGUGAAGGGCUUCAAUUCUUGAACGAGUUGCCACGAGUUACCGGAAGCCAUCCGCUUCAUCGGAAUGCGGCGCAGCAGGGCGGUAUGGGCACGGUUGUGGCUGCGCGAAGUGAAGGAGUGGCUGCUUUUGUUGUUGCUCUCUCAUGAGAGGGGCGGCCGGUUGUGAAGGGCUCCCCAGCGAGCCCCCCCGGCUUUUUUUUUUUUCGCGUGUGGGCGCGCGUUCGAAGCACAGCCGGGCACUAAGGGGCCGACGGCUUCGCCUCGUUGUUUUUGUUUGAGGGGAGAGAGUGUCGCUGUGGCUUGUCGUUGGGUCGGUGCCAGUCUCUCCCUUUUUUCUUCGGAUGUGUUCGUGGCCAGUGAGUCUCUUUUGGGACUGAGAGCGAGCUCCCGCGUGCUUUGGAGAGCGGCCCACUCAGCUGAGGAAGCAAGUAGAGAAGAGUAUGUGGCGGAUGCCUUGCGUGUUUGAUCAAGUGGCUGGGAGGAGUUCCCGAGCUGAGGGCGGUCACUCACUCUCGUCGUUGGUGCGCAUUAAGAAGAAAACCAGGGAGCGGGGGCAUGUCGUUGAAUGUCGUAUGCUCCUGCUAAGGUAUCCCAGAGUCUCACAAAGCUGCGCCCGAAGGGCGCCGCGCAAAAAAUUACGGCGAGCAACCCGAGCAACCCGAGAAACUCGACCCGUGACGGGCCAAAAAAUUCCUGACUCUAUUAUAAUAAUAAUAAUAAUAUUAAUAAUGGGUUUUCUUGUUCGGUGUGAAUAUUACAAUGCUCAUCGCGGCUCUGGAUAUUUCUUUAAGAACCGCAGCAGCUGCAGCAAUCGACUGUCGUUCGCGCAAACACGACGAACAUUUUAGGACCCAUUCUGGCUGCCCCAGGAGGGCAGCAAGGUGUGAACAGAACCGCCAACCAAAUCCCACAUGGAACUACUACGCAGAAUGGCAGUUUACUGCAAGUGGCAUGGCGCAAUCUUUUCGGAGGCGGUGGAACGCCGCAACAGACGUCUCAGACGACCUUUACGACGCAUUGUUCAGGAAAUUCCUUGUUUAUCUGGGAAGUCGAACUCGAAGUGAAGUAACUAAGAGCCAUCUUCUCGUUCUCUGAGCGAGAACUCCCUGGCAUGGACAUGCUUUCACAUCAUGAUUUACAGGCACCCAAAUUUUUCUAAAACGCACACAGGAGGCAACGUGAUGCCAGUUCAGCAGGUGAUUGAGCAAAUGCAAUUCGGCGCUCAUCCUGGCCCUUUAGCCACUCCCAUGGUCCAAGCGAGUCCCACAGGCCAACCUAUGGUAGCUGCUGGAUUGCACACAGCUGUGCCGUACGUUCCAUCGGGAGCAGUGGUCGGAGGAACACCUAUUUUAAGGCCAUAACGUAUUUGACUUUCUUGAUGCUGUAGUGAUGCUUUGUUCGCGUACAAGCUGCAAGAGAAGGCAUCUUGUGAAAACCAAAACCUUCCAGUCGUUGUCAGCCCUAAUCCUAUCCUGUCAUGGUCUAUCCUAUCCUAUCCUUGUCUACCCUAUCCUGUCCUUGUCUCUCCUAUCCUGUCCUUGUCUAUCCUAUCCUGUCCUUGUCUAUCCUAUCCUGUCCUGGUCUAUCCUAGCCUAUCCUUGUCUAUCCUAUGCUACCUGUAGUCCUUGUCAGCCCUAAUCCUCGUCUCCCCGAAUGGUAGCGCUGCACCAAGGAAUGAUCCUGCAGCAGUGGCUCAGGACCCUUUCUUGCUGAACGCACUAGGAACACCCGUCACAGUUAAGGCAAAAAUUUUCUGAUCAUGAUCCCUGGCCUCUUCUUCAAGGGGAAAACGGAUUGUUCAGGGGUCAUCGCUCUAGUGAUCUUUGUGCGAGAUUUGUUGUAUUGUAGUCGCUUAUUAUAUCACGUUUAACACGUUAUUGUAUCGUAGAUUAUAAUCCCUAGCUUCUUCUUCGAGGGGAAAAAAGGGUUUCAGGUGUGGUCUACUCAGGAAAGAUGAGAGGUAGUAGCUCUAAUACAGCCACGCGAUCACUACCACCUCCUAUCCAGAUUCCAGGUUUGAUGCCCUUACACGCGGCGACUCCAGGCCAGCCUGCUGGGGCUGUGUUAUGGCGAAUUUUUUAAGCUCUUUUAGACUACAGAUGAUGGGAGUUUUUACUUUUAGAGUGCAGAUGGGAGAUUUCUUCCAGGGUUCUUGAACUGCAGAAGAUGGAGCUAUAGCGUAUUUUGAUCACUCAACAACAACAUUGUCGCACGACAAGAAGAAUUAGAAAAUGCCGAUAUUCCUAUAGAUGCAUAAAGAACCACUCUACAACAGGUCUGAAGAAGUAGAAGUCCCUGUCCAGUAGACCUCUUUGCUAUGUUUUUUAGAUUCUAACUCCCCCAACAGGAGGUCCUCAACUUCCAGGUGCCAUUGGGAGUCCUGCUUACUCAGACUCACUCUCUGAUGGCGGCGAAGAUGACUUCGAAUCCGAGGUGGACAGUGACAUCGAAGAAGCAGAGCGCUUGACAAAUGACCAGGAUCUGGAGAUAUUGUCCUUAUGGUCUUGCACUUGCUCAACUGUGGUUAAUCUUCGCGUACUACUAGUAGUGUAGUGGAAGGAGGUUUUACUAUCUUAUCUCUCUUGAAGGUGAAUUACGUUUUUUGACCUUCACUGCACUUAAUACACGCUUAAUAUCGUCAUCCUCUAAGAUAGACGCGAUAGUUCCACUUACAACGUCUCUCAGACUGAUGCUUUAUCUGCUUGCUUCUCCUAUGCUUUACGUUUACAACUACACCUUCAUCGUUAUUAUCCUCUACCCUCGUUUUCUAAUCGCAGCCGAAGAGUUCCAGGAGAAGAGCUACACUGUGUCUUUGCAUGAGUCCUUCGAGACGUACGACAGCUUUUUCUUGAUCACGGCGUUGGUUCCUGCCUCUGAAGAAUUCGAAAAAUAUUUUCGAGCGUCGCUUGGACUCUUAAGAGACUAAUACAUUGGUGUACAUUUUUUAGUUGUUUGGAAAUGCAGAACCAGUACCAGCAGAAUACUGUGGUCGGCUAAGUAGGAGUUCCCACCUCUGCUCAGUUUUAUCUAGGUUUGACUCUGAAUCUGAAACUUUUAGAAAUACACGACCACGCGUGACCCUGGAGUGGAUCCCUAGAGCGGAUCCCUAGUUCAAUUUUCCUAGAAGACCACACAUUCAGAUUCACAUAGAUCAAGUUUCCUAAUUCAAGUUUCCUAGAGAGGAUCUGAUUCGUAGUUCCAUUUUCCCAGACGACCACAGCACACCUCUUCUCCCCGCUAACCCCAGACACAAACAGGAAGAGUCGCAGUGCAAAUAAGCGGGAAACCCCAGAGUUGACUGCGUUGCCUAUGGCAGUAGACAAGAUCAGGAAGUACUUUGCGCAGAUGGCCUUAGCCCUUUUGCGGUACCAAAUGACGCCAGGUGGGCAAUUCAGGGAGAAAAACGUCCUGCUGCAUCGAGAUAUCAAGCUUAUGACGUGAAGAAUCGUAUUGUAGUCUCUCAACAGCGUCUUGUUCUGCUUCUCCGUUGUAACCUCAUACAUCUCCGAUGUCUAAUCUUUGAUUCCGCCUCGCAGUUUUGUGUCGAAGAUGUACGAAGUAGAGAAGAAGAUGUUGUGAUUGGCUUCUUUGAUCUUUAGGCCUCGUCGUGCUACUUAUCACGUCUUUCUGUUUCUACAACCAUGCCGCGAUGCCAAGAGUGACUUGCAAUUCCAAAUACAUCUUCACCUGCUUAACGACCUCUAAUAGACUGGAGAACAUGCUGUUGUCGAGACCACCAGGGAAAGAGGACAAGGUAGUCUUGAUCGAUCUGGGUCUGGGCACAGUGCAACAGGGACCGAGAGAUACCGUCAAGGGAGAGGUACAACUACUACUAAUGCUAUUUGUGAUUGUGGUGAUGAAGUUAAUUUUCUGCCUAGAGCAUUUUUCUGUGGUGCGUAGGCGUACUUGUUCUGGAGCUUGCUGUUUAAUUUUGCUUUUAAUACCUCUUGGAAUUGGAAUUUUUCUCCAUUUUCUGCCACCCAUGCUUUUUUUCCAUUUUCUGCUAGAUCACUCUACUGUCGCCAUCUCUUCACCAUUGAUCUACUAUAUUUCAACACCAGGUCGGUACCCCCUACUACGUUGCUCCUGAAGUUCUCUCUGGAGAACCUUACAACCAAGCCUGCGAUGUCUGGAGUUUGGGAGUGGUGUUGUUCCGCUUGUUGUGCAACCGCUUUCCCUUUCCCGGUAACGAAGCUGAAGUCGUCUAUCGCAAGAUCCGAAAGGGUAAUCCUGAGUGGCCUGCACGUGCCAUGGAGUACGUCCCGGCUGAUGCCAGAGAUCUCGUAGAGAAAAUGCUGAAUAAGCACCCAGGACGCAGAAUCACCAUGGAUCAAGUCCUGCGACACGAGUUCAUCGCUAAGCUGCCGAAGGUAUCUAUACCUUCAUUUAUGUAACCUAUAAUGUUGCCUAGCCGGAUAUUGAAUUCUGUUACUCAGGUACUACUUUCUGUACGAAACAAAUGAUUUCUCAUCUAAAUUUUUUGUCCAAGAAGAAGUGGAGAUCUUGCUCUAAAUCUUUCCCGUGCAACUAGAUGAAGUACUUUUCCUGAUGACACUUUCAUCUAUGCAGGAAAUCUAAAUGGAUCGACUUUCCGUUAAAUAUCAUUUUCCUACAACUUCUACUUCUUCAGGAUAUCUACAUGGCUCUGGGGAUUCCACGUGGGGUGAGCAUUUUCCGAAACGAGCUUCAAGCUGCACAUCAGAAAGCAGAGAGCAGGCGGCAAGCGCUGGGACAGCUGGUCAAGCUCAAGAAAACACUACCCACUUUGCCUGCUGUCUACCAACAACACUUCUUAUGGGUGAAGAUGACGUUAUUAGACAGAUCAACAACUUUCGACAAACUUUUUUAGCAACUUCUCCCAUUUAUAUCUUUUUCUUGUCGUCGUCGUGAUGCUCGCUGUAUUGACACCGUUGUAUUAUUUUACCCGAAUAGGAUUAGUGUCACCCAAAUUCCUCGAAGUCCCCUAAAAAUCCCCUAUCCUCUAAUCUCCGGACAGCAUUUGCAGGAGAGCCAGCAACAACAAGGUCGCUUCUUUCGCUUCGGCGGCAGCUCUGAUGACUAUCUGGACAGCGUGCUGGACCUCAUCACCGAGUUGGACCCGACACCACCGGAAGUAAUUUGAUUUCGGCUGUUCAGAACAAGAAAGAUUUGGAUUUGGUAACUAGUACAAGACUUCUUACUCUUACAACAAGAUUUCACUACAAAUGAAGUAGAAAGGUGAUCUGAUGUUUAGCUCUAGAAGUAUUAGUGGUUAGAGGUAGCCACUUUCUUCAUAAAAAUCAUAUGUUCUUUUGUGGAGAUUAUUUGAUAUCAGUUUUUUGUUCCUAUUGCUUGCUUCGUCUAAGUAAUGAUAUCUCGUCCAUCUUUUCAUUUUCCUUUACUCCGCGUCAUCGCAGGUACCAGCGUCGCCUGUCCAGUGGAAUGCCGUCAGCAUUGGGAGCGAUGUGGUUGCUGUCUGAUGAAGUGAUGUGGUCUGACAUUGAUGCUACACCGACAAAGAACAAAGAUUCUACACAGCUAAUUGAAGAACAAACCUUCUAAAGUAAACACAUGCUCAUACUAGUCCUCAUGCACCAUUUGAAAGAAUAACGAAUAAUCGCCGACCUGAGAGAUUUUGCUAGGUAGCCACUUUUUCUUUUUGUCGUUUGAUUCCCCCUGUCACAUCACUACCACAUUAAUCUUCUUCCCAUAUAUUUUUCAUGAUUCCUUUUCCCCUCCGCUCCCCCUUCCCACGAGGACUUUGUACAAUUCAGACUAGUAUUGGCAAUUCUUUGUUUCAUGCGUACCCCAAAGUGCUCCUUCUACCAGCACCACGGUGCCGGUAUGAGUAGAUGACUACAGUAGCAAGCUGAUAAGGACAGCACCUACUUCGUCUUCAUGUUGGGAAGUCUUCAGUAAAUUCCACCGCCAAUUAUACCCUCGAAUGUGUUAAGUGAAAACAAGGACGUCUUCCUCCAACGAAUUUAGGGCACUCGUUGUCUGUCUCUUUAUCAUAUCAAGGAAGGUGUAUGAGUAAGGUGGCUAAGGUUUCAUUUUCUGCACUGUGCGUAUGCGCAGGUAGGAGCUGUUCUAGUAGAACUUGAAUAUGGACAUACCUUGAGCCUUGAGAACCAGAAACAGCAUACAUAGAACUAGCACAGUUCAACAUGUGCACAACAAGCCAAGAUACUAAUAUCAUAUGUUUCAUUUUGGACUUGGUAUUCGACAUUCGUAAUCGCAUUGAUUUCAAUUGUUUGGCAAGUUUAUAUCCUAGCCAUAUCUAGUUCUAGCUCGGCAUGCAUGUUCAUAUUUCGUAUCCACCAUCUUUGUUCACCCAUAGAAGUCGAUGUUUUGUUCGUUGGCUGCGACACCGAUAAGAGGACAUUCGCAUGCCCUGCCUACUGAGCGAACAUUUGACGUUUUUUGUUUGCGAAAAGAACCAAAACAAGGAUUAAUUUAGACUCAAAAAGCUACACAUCGACAUCAGCAUCAUUCUUUAUCUUCUCAUAGAACAUAAAUAACUUUAGGCAGAAGUCGUGACAGUUGAUGUUGGUGCUCAACUAUUUUUGUAAUUUUUCAGCAACUAUUCAUCUAUAAGAAUAAAGUGUAGGUUGUUAAACGCAAAGAACGCAUAAGAAACUCAAACUGUGAGUAUAAAUCUAAAAAAUCUAAAUCCGUAGUACUCCUUUUGUGACGUCUCAUCCACAUCUGAAAAUCUCCAAAUCCAAAUCCAAAUGUCGCGUCUGUCUAAAUGCAACAAGUCAACAUGAUAGACACGGAGAAGUGUGCACUUUCUGAUGGCCAUGGAAUUCCCGACUGACUGUAAGAGAAGAUUCACACCAACAGUGACAUAAUGAUAGAUAAGGAAAAGGGCAAACGAAGAGGCAGAGCCCUCCUUAUGGACCAGGAUAUAAAAACCACAUCCUACUCUAACUACGAUAUGAAGCACGGCUGCUUUACUGAUCGGAU